ACGAGUUCAGCUCUUCUUAUAUGAAUCCACAUUGUUGACAUCGUUAAGCUUGCAUUGACUGCACCUUCUUUCAUUCUUUUGGCCUAGCAAUCUCAGGCGAUUCGAUAGACUCAGCUGACCGGACACUCUCUGGUCUAUGAGUACAUCCCCACUCGCUCGGUCCUUUGCUCCGGAUGACGACGAUAGUGUCCGCCUCCACCUGAGGAGUCACAUUCGCGACCAUCACUCCUUUCUGUCUCACACGCUCCUCACCGACUCUCCUUCCAUUCCCAUCCCAGAAUUUUUCUGGGACUCAACGCAGCAUGCCAGGAUCCAAUGGGCAAGUAACCCCGGUCAUCGACAAGCGAGAUUUCGACUCUCACCGUCCGCUGUUGGACGGGUUCGAUAACGGUGCGGAUCGGGAGGAGCGCGGAGCUAUCCAGUCACGACCCGUAUCGAGACUAGGCGCGGCCAACGAAGAGGACGGGCUACUAAAUGGUGUGGUUGAGGAAAUCCUGGAACGAGAUCGCAAAAAGAUGGCCAAGGAGGUUGUGCGAAUUGGGAGCUUUGUCUGGGGCGUAAUCACCUGCUAUCAAUCGAUCGCUCUCAGUCUAGGAGCCGGGAGCAUCACGGCCUUCUCUCUCUAUGGCCCCCUCCUACUCACCCGCCUUCAUUACACCCAACUGCGGGUCAACGCCGUUGCAAUCGCCGCGGAGGUCUCAAUGUACCUCCCUGUACCGCUGUUUGGCUAUCUCUGCGACCGAUACUCUCCGUCACCUCUCGCUCUAGUAUCCGGGGUCGUGUUCGGGAUCGGUUACUGGCUAGCUGCCCUUGCUUAUCGUAGCGGACCGCCGCCCGAUGCCGGCGGUCAAGGCUGGCCCUUCUGGGCGAUGAUCGUGGCAUUCAUUGCCAUUGGUACGGCCACAAGUUGCAUGUAUUUGGCGGCGGUGACGACGUGCGCAAAGAACUUCGGCCGGGGCAAGCACAAGGGAAUCAUGCUUGCGGUUCCCAUCGCCGGGUUCGGGCUGAGUGGCAUGUGGCAGAGUCAAGUGGGAACAUACCUGCUCUAUGAACCCAAUGAGGAUGGCAGCCGUGGUGAUGUUGAUGUGUAUAGAUAUUUCGCCUUCCUCUCUCUGUUGCUGCUCUGCAUCGGACUCGUUGGUACGUUUGCCCUGAGGAUCGUGGACGAGGACGAGGAGAAGUACAUCGAUGAUGCGGUCGAAGAACUCGAAAGGAGCGGGCUCCUCGAGGAAAGCGAGUUCUUCCGGUCGAGGGAUGAGGUGCGCUCGGCGUACGGGACAUUCGCGCGAGCGGAGGACGCCACCGACUCCGAUGAGGAGCGUACACUGGUCCGGUCGGAAGAGGAGCUGGAAGCAGCACGACUCGACAAGCAGAGGGAAGAGGAGGAGCGGCGGAAGAAGAACUGGCUUUUGAACUAUGAGACGAAGGUUUUCCUUGCAGACAGAUCGAUGUGGUGGCUCGCGAUGGGCUUUUUUCUGGUCACAGGGCCCGGCGAGGCCUACAUCAACAAUCUGGGGACCAUCGUACAAACUCUGAACCCGAUCACAACCCUUCCUCAUGCCCCAUCCCCCGCAGGUCUACCUUCCACCCAUGUCACCACCGUUGCGUUAACCUCAACGAUUGCCCGACUCCUCACCGGCUCGCUCUCUGACUUCUUCGCCCCGCAAGCCCGUCCCCUGUUGCCCGGUGGCAACCCCGACAUCACCCGCCCAGCCUCACCGACGGGACCCGGAAACCGAGUCACCUUUUCCCGCCUCGCGUUCCUCCUCCCCUCCGCGCUCCUGCUGUCCCUAGGCUACCUCCUCCUCGCCUCCCCCCUGCCCCUCCAAUACCCCGGUCUCACCCACAUCACUACGGCGCUCGUCGGCCUCGGCUACGGCAGCGCCUUCUCCCUCGUCCCCAUCAUCAUCUCCGUAGUCUGGGGCGUGGAGAACUUCGGCACGAACUGGGGCAUUGUCGCCAUGGUCCCCGCCGCCGGUGCCGCGGCCUGGGGCCUGAUCUACUCGCGAGGCUACCAGGACGCCACGGACGGCGGCAACAGCACGCCCAACGGCCAGUGUCUCGGCUGGCGGUGCUAUGGGUUCUGGGCCGUUGGGUGCACCGUGAGUGUCUGGGUGGCCAUCGGGGCCUGGCUGCUUGCCUGGAGGCAGUGGCGGAGGCGGGGGGUUGUAGUCUGAGAGAGAUGGUUCAUUCCAGGUAGAAAGUGUUGUCUGCCAUCUACCUUCAUUUGUCUUGUCGCUACCUACCAUAUCUGAGUCCUGGUGCAAAUUGGUUUACUUGCUGGUGAUAUUUGGGGUAUCUUGACAUUGUUGAGUAUAUAGAUCGUGAUUUACUUCCUGUGGGGAGUUGGUUUACAAUUCGAGCAUAGGGGACCUGUCUAGCCAUUGUGCAUUGCUCUUCGAAUCUCGUUUUCAUUGUUGCCAUGCUGUUUAUUCUUUUAUCAAUCCUCUCAAACCGUCAGUUCUUGCGAGCAUGAGCGGGGUCGGUGGGCUUGCUGUUGCAGUGAUCUAUGUAUGUAUUCCGAGCCAGCCCUCAAAUUGCCUAGCGAAGCUUCCAUCAACGCAUGUCAUAUCUGAGUCUCAUUAAGGAUAACCCCCG